UAAACUGCUGGGGGCAGCUCAGUUCUCGGUCGCCCAUCCCAACCAAGGCAGCGCAUUUCUGGCGCUUAAGACGAUGAGAAGGCCCUCGAAUAUCGCAGCCACUCCGACUAGUUGGAUCUUGUCUCAUCGCGCGUCGGUCGGCACCGCAACGGCCGAGUACGUCAACCUUGUCGCGAAGGCGCAAGUGAAGCGCGCUAAACAAGGUUAGAGCUGCAUCUGGCGCACUUCACUUGCGCCACCCCUAUACUUUCACCACCGCUGUACCUCCCUCCGGUGAUUGCUCGCGCUCAUCCAACAACAUAAAACACGCUCUCAACUUCAUCGCUCUUGCAAGAUCUCUCGGACUGUCAGCUACACCAGUUGUCCUCACGACUGUCGGACAUCAUUUCGCGCCCUGCACGCGCCCCUGUUUACCUGCAAGCCGUUGAGUCUAUUACACAAGAGCGCGAGCACGUCAACAAACAGACUUACACGUGACGCACGCGAGUCAAAAUGAGCUCUUCCGCUCUCGCUUCGCAAAUCCCUCUCGACUCCAAGCUUUCACUCCACUCAGUGGCACCACUUGCCAACCCAAACUCUCUUCACUUCGACCGCAACCACCGCCGCCACCGGCACCUCAAGAUCCCCAUUCCAGCUGCAUUCAAGAAGAAGUCGCGUCAGCUUCGCAAGCUGCGCCGCUCACAAGUUUGGAAGACCGGCACCCGCGUCCAGCAAGUCGAAGAAAUGGCCCAGUGGUUUCCGAAUUUGCCGCCAGGCGGUUCAGUCAAAGGUUUGUCUAAUCCAUUUCUCGCCCGUUAUGAUGAAGUUGGCUUCGGCGUGUGCGGCGUUGGCGGCAGCUUGAUGGCAAAGGUGAAAUCGGCAGAUGGGUGUUUUGGGGCGGAAUUCAAGUGUGAUGGAGAUGUCUUUGGCGAUGGCGAUGUCUUCAGCGACAAGAAGGAUGCAAUUGGUCCGAUCAACAGCGAGUUCGGCCAGAAGCUGCUCAUGGCAAAGGAGGCGUUCGAGCGCAUGCAGACUGCCCACAAAGAGAGCAAGCGGGCAACCCCAAAGUCCGACAUUGGAACACUCAAGAAGCUGCCAGGCGAGAUCCGCAACGAGAUCUACCGCUUGGCUGUUCUCGAGCCUGACGGUGAGGUGAUGGUCAGCCUCGAGGACUUCACGUGCCGCGGAGGACCUUGCUUCCACCGCAAGGCGACUUACAACCUUCCCGGCAUCAUCAACACUUGUCGCCAGAUCCGCGCCGAAUGUGGCCCAAUCUAUUUCGCCGAGCACGAUGCAUUCGUCUUCGACGCAGAUGUUGUGCACCAGCGCUGCGUCGGCAACUACAUUCGCAGCGUCGGUCAUUACAUUGACCUGGUGAAGAAGUUCAAGUUCCAGUUGCUCCGUCCCCUCUGGCGCGACGAGCACUUCAUGGGGUGGAACGGCCACAUGUUCACUCUCAUUCCACCACACUUCUCCGAGAGCAAAUGGUUCGAGCUGAGCCAGGAAGCUUGCUGGCCCCGAGCUCACGAAGCCCGCUGCUACGAGCUGUGCGAGUGCACAGUCCGAAAGGAAAUCCGUCGUCUGAACACCAAGAUGUUGAACACUUACCCACACGACCCAUUCCUUGAUGAUCCAAUAGACCCCAAGGCCUCGUACGACAUCAGCGAAUACUUACUCAACUUCUUCGAGUCUGAUGUAUUGGACGACUGGGUCUUUCGUACGCGCAAGAACUCUUCGGAGAUUACCGUCUGCAAGCUCUGCAAGAAAUGCAGAGGCAUUCGCUUUCCCGACUGGAACGAGGUUUGAAGACGUGACCGCUUGGUUUUGGCAUACUUGCUCAUAAGACACACGAAACACCAGACAGAGCGACAUGAGAUUUGCAGCAUUGGUCCAUUUGGUAAGGUCCAUCCAGCAUACUCUCAACCAAGACCUGACUGACGCGAGCAGCAGAUGCUUUCCAAUUUCCACAUUGCGACACUUGUCACCGCCUUCGACACUCUUUGCGUUCUCAGCUGUUCGUCGAGCUUCACGGCUCCAUAUGGCGGCAUUUGUCAUUGCGCUUGACGCACUUCUUUUCCGUUGCGCUUCACACACUUCUUUUCUGCUUUCUGAGAGGUCAUAUGAGCUUCACAGCUCUCGAACGAGGAGGACUUUGUUACUGCUUUUGACAGACUUUGCUUUCGUUUUGCUGGACGCCCUCUGAGCACACUCCGCCUCGGAUGGACAUUGCAUUAAUGGCUCUUCCGAACAAGAGCAACCGCAUGUACAGUAGCUUCGACUUGACAGAGGACAAUUGAGACCUUCUGCCUGUAUCUUCCUUCCAUCGUAUGCUCAUCUCUCCGCCGCAUGAUUAUCGCUUCGUAUCUGAGGAGUCAAGGCAUUGUCCGAAGGUGGUCGAGACCAAUGGUGGCCCGCAGCUAUGCUGACUCUACUUGUCCUUCUCUUCCGUGAUCGUGGCCCAUUCCGCGUGGGCUAAGGAUUGUUGGUGGCUUGCUGAUCCAUCUCUGCAUAUCGUGCUUCAUCAACGUCGAGUCAAGGCCGUGCUGUGCCGGUCGCUGCCAGAUGUGUAUUGUACGCGUCGUGCCGCGUUG